AUGAAGGGAACCAACGCCUGCCAGAUCGGGUUUGCGGUGGUUGUGUUUGUCCUGCUUCUUGCUGGAAGCAUACUGUCUGUGUCCGGCGUGGCCCUGCCCGCCAAUUCUCUCAUCCCCACCGGCCUGAACGCCAUUCCCCGGCAGAAGAGGACGUCGACCACGGACAUCGCCGGCUAUAUCACAUGGGCAGUCUUUGCCUGUGUAUAUGUCGGCGUGUUCGUGACCCUCGCCUUUCGGGCACAGAUUCGAGAGUUUUCCGGCCGCUGGAAGGGAUCUCUCGUCUCUGCUGCCCGCUGCCUGGGGGAAGCUGUCGUUGCUGCUCCUCGCCGCUUGACGGAAGCUAUCGCCGCCGCCCCCCGCCGCCUGAAGGAAGCCUUUGCCGCCAGCUGGGACUGGUGCCGCCGACGACCACCGCGUGUGGUGCUCGAGGGGGUUGAGCUGGAUGCUCUCCCCCUUGUGUGA